AUGGCCGACGAUAAGGAAAACUUCGUCAGAAUGACAAGAGCAGCGACGAAAAGAAAAGCUUCCAUGGCAGCGAUUAUAGACGACGAGCGUCUCGGCAAGAAGAGAGUAGUCCUCGGGGAGCUUCCGAACUUGUCCAACAUCUCCGCGAUUCCCAGAAAGUCCGGUAGGGCUCCGACGAAGCAGCAGAAGAAGAAGGUAGUUUCAAAAGCCGAAACGACGACGAAGGAACCGAACAUCGACAUCGACACGAGAUCUGAUGAUCCCCAGAUGUGUGCUCCUUAUGUCACCGGAAUCUUCGAGUAUCUCCGUCAAAUGGAGGGGAAAGCAAAAUCAAGGCCAAUGAUUGAUUAUAUUGAGAAGAUUCAGAAAGAUGUGACACCAAAUAUGAGAGGAGUUUUGGUGGAUUGGUUAGUGGAAGUAGCUGAAGAGUACAAACUUCUCUCGGACACUCUUUACCUCGCUGUCUCUUACAUUGACAGAUUCUUGUCUGUUAAGACUGUUAGUAGACAGAAGCUUCAGCUUGUUGGAGUCUCUGCAAUGCUUAUAGCCUCGAAGUAUGAAGAGAUAACUCCACCAAAUGUUGAAGACUUUUGUUACAUCACAGACAAUACUUACACGAAACAGGAGAUUGUGAAGAUGGAAGCUGAUAUGCUUCUUGCGCUACAGUUUGAGUUAGGAAACCCAACAAACAUCACAUUUCUAAGACGGUUCACAAAAGUUGGACAAGAAGAUUUCAAUAUGGCUGAUUUGAAGAUGGAGUUUCUCUGUAACUAUCUUUCAGAGUUAAGCAUGUUAGAUUACAACAGUGUGAAGUUUCUUCCUUCUGUUGUGGCUGCUUCAACUGUGUUUCUCGCUAGGUUCAUCAUCCGUCCUAAACAACAUCCCUGGAGUAUCAUGUUAGAAGAAUAUACAAAGUACAAAGCGGGGGAUUUAAAAGAAUGUGUGGGUAUGAUACAUGACUUGUAUCUAAGCAGAAAAGGACCAGCUUUACAAGCUAUAAGAGAGAAGUACAAGCAGCAUAAGUUCAAGUGUGUGGCGAUGAUGCCUGUAUCGCCAGAGCUUCCUCUUACGUUUUAUGAAGAUGUCAACAUUUAG